UGCAACACAUUAUAUAAGAGAUAACACUUCUAGUGGAAGAUCCCGCUUGAAAACUUCAACAGAAACCAUGAUAGCCCUCCUUCUUCUACUCGGAACUGCGUCAGUAUAUGGACAAGGAAGUAGUGGCCACGGCCACGGCCACGCCCACACCUGUAUCCAUAACAACCACGAGCAGCUGAUAGCAAGCCAGGUGAUCGCCCGCGUCAUCGCCGACAUGGAGAAAGAUGGCGACGGCGUCAUUGACCAGGCUGAAGUGACUGCUGAAUUCGUCACAAGAUACGACCACGACGGUAACGGCGAGAUUUCCGAGGAUGAGUUUGUAAAGCAGUGGCAUCAGCAGUAUCACGACGAACACGACUUCGCCGGCUACCUCUUCCACCACUUCGAUGUCAACAACGACCUGAAACUGACCGCUAGUGACGUCGCCGCUCUGGAGUUGUCCCUUGACACUGAUGGUGAUGGUAAAGUCUCAGUCGCAGAGUUCCAGACCUUUAUGACCAACCUCUACAAAAACUGUGUCAGCUUUCAUGGGUGACAACACAGCUAUUAAAACACCUAUUUUACAAUCA